AGUAUAUAUAUAUGCCACAAUUUCUCAAACUCUUGAGCAUCGUUAGUUAAUAAUAAGCAAACCCAAGAUGACGAGGUUUUCUUCUUGUCUCGUUCUUCUUGGUUUUCUCUCUCUUGUUCAAAUUCAUCACAUUGUGGCCUGCAAUGAUCGUAAGUCAGCCAUUGGAGAUCCAGGGAUGAGAAGAGAAGGUCUUAGAGUAGCCAUUGAAGCUUGGAAUCAGUGCAAUGAGGUUGGUGAAGAAGCUCCCAACAUGGGUAGUCCAAGAUUGGCUGAUUGCUUCGAUGUUGAUCAUUCAAAAACACCAGUGAGGUUGAUGCACAAGGUGACUGAGCAAGACAACAGGCUUGGCGUAUUGAGUGGAGACUACGGAGGACUAACAAGUAAAAAAGCUGACACUUACGCAGCAGAGAAGGAGAUAUAUCUGGGAAAUAAGUGCCAAGUUCAAGACAAGACUCAUCCAUGGCAGUUUUGGAUGAUCAUGCUCAAGAGUGGCAACAUGGAUACUACAGCAGCCAAAUGCCCUGAAAAUGGCCACAAGUCCAAACCUUUCCCACCAGAAACUCGGUUUCCAUGCUUUGGGAAAGGUUGCAUGAACAUGCCCUAUAUAUUCCAUGACUAUACUAGACUACAGCUGAAUCGCAAGACCUUAAAAGGAAGCUUUUAUGGGACUUGGGAUUUGGAUUCUGAUGUUAGAAAUGCAGCAGUUGCUAAUGGCACUUCUUACUUCAAAGUCACUUGGAUCAAAAAACAUUAUAAAGAAGGUAGUUGGGUUUUUCACCACUUGUUGAAGACUUCUUUUAAGUACCCAUGGUUGAUGCUCUACCUCAGGUCAGACGCCACCAGAGGAUUAUCCGGCGGGUACCAUUAUCCGACAAGGGGGAUGUUAAAGACAAUUCCCAAGUCGCCCAAUUUCAAGGUAGAGUUCAGGUUAGAAAUUAAGCAAGGAGGAGGUAAAAAUAGCCAAUUUUACCUAAUGGACAUUGGAAGCUGCUGGAAAAACGAUGGAAAACCAUGUGAUGGGGAUGUGUCCACAGACGUCACACGAUACAGUGAAAUGAUCAUAAACCCUGAAACUGAACCCUGGUGCAAACCUGACGAUAUUAGACUCUGCCCUCCUUAUCACACCCUCCCUAAUGGAACCCGAAUCCACCGAUCCGACAAGGACAAUUACCCUUACGAUGCUUACCAUUUGUGGUGUGCUCCAGGAAAUGGUCAGUUCCUGGAGGAGCCACAUAACUUGUGUGAUGCAUAUAGCAAUCCACAAGCACAAGAGAUACUGCAAAUCCUUCCUCAUCCUGUCUGGGGUGAAUACGGCUACCCUACAAAGAAGGGUGAGGGUUGGAUAGGAGAUCCAAGAACUUGGCAUCUUGAUGUAGGGAGAUUAUCUCAGGCUCUUUAUUUUUAUCAGGACCCAGGGACUAAGCCUGCGACUAGGCAUUGGCCAUCCAUUGACUUGGGAACUGAAAUAUACAUUAGCAAAGAUGAAGUGGCAGAAUGGAAAGUUAGUCACUUUGACAUUAUUUUGACAUCCUGA